GCCACGGUCCCCGUUCUCGCGACCUUUCUCCACAACUUCACUUCCAUCGACCACCAUCUCCCCAUUGAAAAGGCGCGGCCGUUCUACCCACCCGCAUCUCAAUCUCUUCUACCUUUCGCUUCCAGACGAGCCCUUCGUCGCGCAUCAUGGCUGAAGAGAACUCUGCCGCGUCGACCGCAGCUGAGCCCGUCGUCGGACGCGGUCCUGCCGAAGAGCCCGAGAAGAAGGAAGAGGCGACGGAAGAGCCUACUGGUGAGGCUGCCAAGGACGACGAGAAGCCAGCUGCCGAGGGCGAGAGCACUACAAAGGCCGAGGAGCCCAGCGCGCCCGCGGAAUCGAAGGAGGAGGACGGCGAUGCUGACUCCAAGGCCGCUGCUGAGCCGGAGGCCAACGGAGCUCCCGCGUCGGCGAAGAAGGCUGCGAACGGGAAGCGCAAGUCGACUGGCGGUAACCAGAAGCUCAGCAGGAAGAAGUCUCAGCACCGCGUCACGCACCUGGACGCGAAGCCGGGAGAGUACUACCUGGCGCGUCUGAAGAGCUACCCGCCAUGGCCGGCCAUCAUCUGCGACGAAGAGAUGCUUCCUCAGACGCUGCUGAACACGCGGCCUGUGACGACCAAACAGGCAGACGGUACCUACAAGGAGCCCUACGCCGAUGGCGGAAAGCGCAUGCACGAGCGAACGUUCCCCAUCAUGUUUUUGGAGACGAACGAAUUCGCCUGGAUUCCUAACACCGACCUGACCCCCCUUGACCCAGAGAGUUGCAAGGAUGUGUCGGAGAAGGGCAAACAGAAGCAAUUGAUUGCCGCGUACAAGGUGGCUGCUGAGAACCACGACCUACAAUACUUCAAAGACCUUCUCGCGGAUCACCAGCGCGCAAUCCAGCAGGAGGCUGAAGAUCGUGAAGCGAAAGAAGCUGCCAAGGCGGCUGCUAAAGCCGAAAAGGAGCAGAAAAAGAAGAAGCGGAAGAGCGCAGAGGUGGCCGAGGAGCCUGAAGACGUCGAAAUGGCCGAGGCAGGCGAAGAAGAGGGAAAGAAAGCGACCAAGGCUACCAAGAAGCGCAAGAAGGACGCAGAGAGCGAGGCUGAGGCUGAGAAGCCUGCAAAGACCCCCAAGACGACCACCAAGCUCAAGCUCACCACGCCAAAGACCCCAGCAAGUGAGACGAAGAAGCCAGCUGGCAAAGCCAAGGAAGCGAAGGGCAAGGCCGCAGAUACCAAGAAGGCUGCCAAGGCUGCCACCAGCGACGAGGACACCGCGGCCGAGACGCCCAAGGAGCCUGAGAAGGUGAUUGAUCCGGAGGAAGCUAGAAAAAAGAAGGAGAAAGAGAUUUUGUUCAUCCGCCACAAGCUGCAGAAGGGAUUCAUCUCCCGCGAAUAUCCUCCAAAGGAAGAAGAAAUGGAAGCGAUGGCGACCUUCAUCACGAAGCUGGAGGGUCAUGAUGAUCUCGAGGUGUCGAUAAUCCGGUCGACCAAGAUCCACAGAGUGCUUAGGAUGAUUGCCAAGCUGAACUCGAUCCCGAAGGAUGAGGAAUACAACUUCCGUCGUCGCUCCAUCGACCUAUUGGCCAAGUGGAAGAAUCUCCUCGACAGCGAUCUACCUGCAGAUGAGAAGGAGAAGGAAAAGGAGUCCGAGCCGACAACCAACGGUGUACACAAAGAGACCGAGGAAGCCUCGGAGGCCACGGAGAAGAUCGAAAAGGCCGCCGACAAGGAGCCUGAGGAGAACAAGAAGGCCGAGGAAACCGCCGAGAAGGCUGAGAAGGAGGUCACUUCUGAGCUGAAGGAUGAAGAGAUGCCCGACGUCGAGGCUGAGGAGAAGAAACAAGACGAAGAGCCAGCCAAGGAAGCUUCUAAGGAGGACGGAGCUGAGGAGCCGACUGAAAAGACCGAUGAGAAGGCCGACGAGAAGGCCGAUGACAAGGCUGCUGAGAAGCCGGCCGAGGAGACCGCAGCUUGAGCGGAUGGGCGCCAUCAUUCGAUGGCUUUAACCGUUGCAAAAAAUAAUCUGCAGCAGUCUCCGAAGCCGCAGUUAAAAAAGCGUGAUGGCUAACUGCAUCCUCUUCACCGUGUGUCA